AGAAGGCCUUGCAAGGUGCAUUCGUUAUUCUUUCGCCGUUAUUCUCCUUAUCGUUACAGAAGUGUUUGAUACAAAAUAUUGUAUAGUAUCUAGCACAUAGCCUAUUUGUGAAAUUGUCUGCGAUUUUUUUUUAAGAUCCUGGAAGUUGUGUAGCUCAAAUGAAAGGGAUAUGAUAUCAAUGACUGUCAGUGGAUGCUGCACUAAUGAUACUGUAUGAGUAGCAGCGAUCUCUCGCUGUCACAGCGUACCUGUUUUUGUUGAUACUGUCGGCAAGCGCAAGGAGGAAGACUUAACUGAGGACUUUAUGCUUAUUUAAAUACAACAUUCGUUUUGAAAAUACACUAAAAUGGAAAGCCUGAGACACUUUAUUGUUCUUUUAUUAUUUCCCUUGGCUUUUGGCGUGGAUUUUCUUGUGGACCCAGGAUCAUAUAACGCACAACGGAUGUUUGCGAAGACUCCUGUAUCCGCGAGAAGUCUGACCGAGAAGAGAUCAGUCAAAGAUAUUCAUCAUCAUAUCCAGAAAAGAAGCGCCGAUCCUGGAUCAGACUCUUGUAAUGGUUUGGGGGCAUUUGACAGCAAGUUAAUCAGCAAUACGCACGAAUUUAACUUUCAAGAUAUCAGUGGAUCCGUGUCCCUGGCUUGGGUGGGAGACGGAACUGGGGUUGUUUUGGUUUUGACCACAUUUCAGGUGCCAUUCGCAUUCUUGAAAUACGGUCAGUCUAACCUGUACAGGAGUGAAGACUAUGGGAAGACAUUUCAGGAUGUUACAAGGCUCAUUAACAGUACCUACAUCAAUAUUGCCUUUGGGAUUGCCAUCGGUCCUGAGAACUCUGGCAAGGUGAUCCUCACAGGAGAUGCUUCUGGAGGCAGUGGUGCCAGAAUUUUUCGUUCGAAAGAUUUCGGGAGGAGUUUCGUUUUGACAGAAUUGCCCUUCCAUCCACUAAUGCAGAUAAUAUACAACCCUCAAGACACUGAAGUGCUUGUGGCCAUCAGCAACAAGAAUGAUCUCUGGAUUUCUAAAAACUUUGGUGAAAAGUGGGAAAAAAUUCACGAUAUGGUCUGUGUUGUGAAAUGGGGAAUGGAUGCAAUGUUCUUCUCUGCCAACCUUAAUGGAUCCUGCUAUGAUAGAGGGAUGCUGGUGUUGAAGAAGACUACAGACUUUGGCGUUAACAUAAAGACGGUUGCUCAGAAGAUUUAUUCGUUUGGCAUCGGUGGACGCUUUUUAUUUGCCUCUGUUAUGUCGGCAACAGGAGGUGUAGUACAGUCACCAGAAGAGGAUGUGAUGCGUGCGAUACAUGUGUCAGUAGAUCAAGGUGAAUCGUGGAACAUAGCUCAACUUCCUCCUGUCACUCACGAGCAGUUUUACUCUAUACUGGCAGCAAAUGAUGAAAUGGUUUUCAUGCAUGUGGAUGAACCAGGAGACAGUGGGUUUGGCACCAUCUAUGUGUCAGAUGACAGGGGCACUGUUUAUUCCAAGUCUCUAGAACGCCAUCUGUACACGACCCCCGGAGGGGAGACAGACUUCACGAAUGUCACUUCCCUCAGAGGAGUUUUCACUACUAGUGUGUUGUCUGAGGAUGGCUCUGUGCAGACAGUAAUAUCAUUUGAUCAGGGGGGAGAGUGGGUUCCUCUCCAGAAACCAGAGAACACAGAGUGUGUUUCCACUACCACAAAAACGUGUAGUCUACACAUCCAUGCCUCAUACAGCACCUCCAUGAAUAUGAACGUUCCCAUGCUGCCCCUGAGUGAACCCAAUGCUGUAGGACUCAUUCUGGCUCAUGGCAGCGUAGGGGAUGCAAUGUCUUUGAUGACACCUGAUGUGUACGUGUCUGAUGAUGGUGGCUACACCUGGCUCCUAGCUCUGAAGGGUCCACACCACUACGCCAUCCUGGACUCUGGUGGUCUACUGGUAGCUGUGGAGCACAACACAACUUCACCCAUUUCUGAGAUUAAGUUUUCCACAGAUGAAGGGCAAUGCUGGCACGUUUACAAGUUCACCAAGACCCCGAUGUACUUCACAGGGCUGGCCUCAGAGCCUGGUGCCCGUUCGGUGAACGUCAGUCUCUGGGGUUAUGAAGAUUCUAUAAUUAGCAACUGGGUAACUUACACCAUUGACUUUCAAGACCUGCUGACACGUAACUGCAAAGACGAUGAUUAUGUCACGUGGUUGGCACACUCUGAUGACAUCAGCGACCCGGACGACGGUUGCAUCCUGGGUUAUAAGGAACGUUUUCUGCGAGUGAAAAAAGACUCGGUGUGUUGGAUUGGGAGGGAUUACGAGGUCAACAAAGAGCCCACGCCAUGCAAAUGCACGCUAGAUGACUUCCUGUGUGACUUCGGAUACUACCGUAAUGAGAACAGCUCAAUAUGUAUUGAACAGGGUGAUCUCAAAGGUCAUGAUCUGGAGAUCUGCAUACAUGGACAGAAGGAACAGCUAAAGACUACUGGCUACAGGAAGAUUCCAGGUGAUAAAUGCGAGGGAGGGGAACAACCGGAAAGAAAGAUGAUUGACAUGAGCCAAAAAUGCGUCAGUGACCUACUGGACCCUCAGCUGCUGAAAGAUGAGUCUACCUCACACAAAGCCCCUAUCAUUGCACUUGUCAUAGCCGUCCUACUGAUCGGUGCAGUUUUAUUGGUCCUGUUCGUAAAGAAGAAUGUCUGUGGUGGACGGUUUUUGGUACGCAGCUAUUCAGUUUUACAAAAUAACGUAUCAGCCAAUCGCACAGGUGAUGAUGAUCUACUGAACACAGAUGACAUUGUUACGACUAACAACGGUUACCACGAUGACUCGGAUGAGGACCUUCUGCAGUAAAGCUGAGCAUUAGGGUGAGCAGAUGAAGAUACAUGUAGUGUCAUUCAGGCAUUGUUGCUCUUGUCUCUUGCUUCCUACUAAAGCACAAACCAGCUUUCAGAAACUUAAUCUACCAGACGUCUUGCACUUCCUGUUUCUCAACCAAUGCGAGGAAGCAUUAUUGCUUUUCCACGAAUAAGAGGGGAUUCUUAUGAUAGGAGGGUCUUGUGAAUAGCACAGGUAAUAUGAUCUGAUGUAGAGGAACAGUGUUUAAUGGCUUGUGAAAGUUUAAAUUCUUUCCUAUGAUGUUUGUGUAUUUUCGGGUUUUGUUUAAAGAAAGGACUGUCAGUAGGGGUACUGGUAAAAUAUUUCUGCUCUUCUUUUAUGUACAAUUUCCUUCCAUUAGAGCAAUAGGUAUAGUUCAAGCUUACAGUAAUAUCGAUUUUGAGAUUGUUUGGUUCAACAGAAGAGCAUAUAUCAUGAGAUUCAAGCAAAGAUAGGCUUCUGUGAGUCCUUGAGAUAUUCGAUUUGAAAUACAAUGCUACUGAACUGUGUUUAUUAUUAAAUGUGAUCAAAACUUUAGUAUGUAAUUCUCUGCAAGCCACCAGGUGUGUUAAUGAAAAAGCAAUAAAAUGCAGAGAAACAUGCAAUAUUUUUAAUUUUACAAUAAAGGGAGAAUAUUUAACAUAUAAGAUUAAUUUAUCUGAAACUGUGUAGCAAUCUUAUUUUUUAGCCUUUAAGUUUGCGAUAAAGAACGAUUGUAAUCCGACACAUUAACUGUAGAAUAUUAAGGUAAUUUUACCAUUACACUCCUUGUGGUAAAUUUGUAAAUAAGCUCAUGUUUUGGGGUCUUCAGAUCAAGCUAUAAAAGUUAUGCGAAGUUUUUAAGGAAUAUUUUUAUUAAAUAAGCAAUGAUUGAGAUGCAUGUAAAGUAGUGAAGUUGUAGUUUGUGUACAACCUUGCACAUUUUGCCCAUAUCAAACUUUUGUACUGAAAAUUUUUUUUGUGCUGUUAUUGGUUCUCUUCAUGACAUCAGGAAAGUCCUAGAAGUAUAAAAGUCAGUAGCCAGACCGUGGCAAUACUUUUGCAUGUCACCAUUAAAGAGUAACUAAACCCUAAACCAACUUUUUUUAGUUAAUGAUCUGUAAGAAUGAUGCUUUAUUAGUGCUGUUCAUUGAUUUUAGUAAGUUUUUUGACAUUUGGAUACAAAGUGUUUCAAUACUACAAUAUAUGGUGUAAAAACGUCUGAGUGCUGCCCUCUUCAGGUUGAACAGUGGCUACUGCAGUUGAAUUUUCCUAUUGAUGUUGGGUGCAAGAAAUAACUCGUGACGUAAGCAGGUUCAAGCUUACCACGCCCUUGUUACGAUCUCACCACACACUUAGUUCGUCCCCUCUAUCUCCGUUGGGAUCUGCCCACUUUUCUUGCAUUUUUCAAAUAUUGCAGUGGGUGGAGUCAGGCUCUGACCAGGGGUUUAGUUACUCUUUAAAUUCAGUUGUAUGCAGCUGGAUUUAUUGAGCUGAGAACAAAUGUGGUGAUCUAUACUAUUUAAACAUGUCAUUUUAUUUUGAAUAUUCAAAUGCAAUACUAGGUACUUUCUGUUUGAUGUCUAAUACAUUGAGUGUGUAUUUAAAUAUGAAUUCUUCAUAAUUAAUUUUGAAUUUUAAAAAAAAAAAAUCUCAAGUAGUUAAGUUGUACUUGCUAAGUUUACACACAAAUAAUCAAAAAUCCAAUAUUUACUUGGAAGACGACGAUCUCCUUUACAAAGUCUCAGAUUAUGAGUUAUAAAGUGUUUAUUAACUGUGCUUGAGUUAUACAAAAGUCUUGUUUGUUGUGAUUCAAGUGCCUAGCAUGAAGGCAUGGUUUGUGCCUUCCAAAGAAAUACAAAGCUCGUCUUCAAUAAUUCAAAAACAAGACGAAUCUCAUUACCAAUGAUGGUAACAUGAGCUUUGACAAAGAGCGCAUGUGUCCAAUGUUCCAACUGUCAAAAAUAUCUCUGUAUGUGAAUUAUUUAAUUCCUAUUUUAUACAAGUCAGGUUAACAAAGACACCCCUAAGAUUAAGGCAUUAAACAGUUGAUUCUCUUCUCUCACUGCAGAUUACUUGCUAGGUUGCUGUCCAUAUUUGAAGUAAUAAUAAUAAUAAUAAUAAUGGUUGCAAUGCAAAGAGUUUAAUGAUUUUCAUUAUGACUGUGAUUUUAUUUAUAAGAGGUGUACCAUUUUCUUUCUUGUGCAAAAUCAAUGUACAUAGUAGGCCAUUCCAACUUUAAAUCUGUUAUUUUCUCUGUAUAUUUGGACCAGAAUUGUUUGUUUGAAAUAAACUGAUUUGUCUCAUUUAGCAUUUUGUUAUUUUUGCUUCAUUUGACGCACAGAAGAUAAAGUAAUUCUGUCUG